GCCGGACGGACAGUAGCGAACGGACAAGCUAACAAACAAACAAACAAACAAACGAAAAAAUAAACAUGUCAUCGCCAUCGUUGAUGUUCGCAGCGGCCCGGUCUGGGUGUUUGUGCGUCGUGGUCGCGUCGCUUCUGUUGCUGCAUACGACGUGCUUGCAGGUCGCCGGUGCAGCCGUCGUCCCGUUGGCCGUGGUCAAGGCGGCGUCCCAGUGCUCGGCCGCCCCAGACACCGUCGAUUGUCUGAUGCACGCCGCGGCCGCCGGCGUCGACGCCCUAGCCCGGUCCGCCGAUCCCGUCGACCUGGUUCCCGGUUGCGUGACGCUCGUCAAGAACGCCGCCAGCGAAUCUGACCUGGCGCCACAGCCAUCGCCAUCACCAGCACCACCGCAGACGGCCACUGAUAUCGACGCCGCGUCUGCGCCGGUCGGGGGUGAAUCUGCGCUUGUCGACUCGUUGACGGCGUUCGUCAAGUCCCGCGCCAUCAGCGUCCGGGCACCCGCCCACUUGUUGGAAUCGCUCAAGAGCACCCUCAUCGAAGCGCGGGGCAAGAAAGACAAGUAUGCGGGACCGCUGCUCAUGGGCGCCAUGAUGGUGGCCGGCACGCUGUUGCCGAUCAAGCUGGGCGCGCUGGCUAUGAUGAGUGGCAAGGCGCUGAUGACCAGCAUGCUCGCGCUCAUGCUGUCCGCCAUACUGGCGCUGAAGAAACUGGCGUCGGGCGGCGGCAGCCACAGCGGCACAACGUACGAGGUGAUCAACGUGCCGUCGCAGGGCGGCCACGGCCCGCACGGCCGUUCGCUGAGGGCCCACGCCAUGGCGUACGGCCCACCGCCGCCCGCGGAAACCCCCCCGACGCCCACUCCAUCGGCUGACGGGCUAUAAUAAUAAAUUGUAGGGCCAUAACAUUAUUUUAUUUAUCGUACCUAUCGCGGUAUACCUAAUAUAUUUAUUAUUAAUCGAAUUUAUAAUAUAUUUAUUGUAAAAUUAUGUAAACGCUAAGAAAAAAAUUGUACAGCGCAUCGUACUAUUAUAUAAUUCAUGUAAUAUUAUUAUUUAUUAUGGCAUUUUUAAUGUUUAUUUAUUAUAUUAAUAAUUUAUUACACGAUACGACAUUGUUAUGUGAUUAGCUAAAUUAUUAUAACUCUAUGAUUUUAAUCGAUUUGCAAAAAUUUUAAUAAUAUUAUAUACACCUUC